UAACAAAUACUGUAGCCGAUGGAGACGCAUGGUUAUUUGUCGCACCAUAUUCAGUAUUGUGAUGGAAAUCAAACGAUGAUACACCCACAUCUAGUCGCGUAGCUGAUACCUAGGAAAGCGCAAAAGAAAAGUAGGAAAACCGUUCGGGAAGGAAAACGCGUGCCGAUUCACGAUCGAACUGGAAACACUGCUCGGGCCCAUGCACCGACCGGGCCGAUCCGAAUGUAUGUUUUCCACGAUGGCACAGUAAGUCCCUAUCUCCUCCGUCGUCGUCGGUUUCGCAUCAGCCACAGCGAGCAGCAGUCAGCAGAUGAUUCCGAUGAAAGUGGAAACGCUUGUUUAGUUUAUCCUCAGAUUUCCUUCCGACUGGUCGUGCGCGGAGCUGCAAUGGCUUGCAUGUGGAGUUUGCCAUCGAAUUCUAACGGUCGUUGAAAUGAAUGAUGUGCAUCCGUUUUAAAACAAACCUCUUUGGUGUUUUUGGUUGGAGUGCUAUAAGAAGGGGUUGAAGCCAAGCAUAGAGUGGUCGGUCAUUCGUUCCCGUAGUGAACGGUUUCCGUUUUAGAAGGCCCACGCGGUCCAUAGAGUAGUUUCGUCAAUAUUGAUAAGUGCACUGCUGAGUGUAUUGCGAGUGGUUUGGAAGACCGGGCAUUUGUUUACUAACCAACGGGCCACGGCAGCACCGGUGCGUGAAAAAUAUCUUCCAAUCAAUAACGGCCACCGGGCAUUUAAUAAUUGAUGGGCCAUCGACCUGUGCAGUGAAUGGGGCAUUAUUAAUCAGAUGUGAUGAAAUUCCCAAAAAGUGAUGUAAUGAAAGAAUAAUUCCCAUCGCACACAGUGGCGCAGUUUGUUCCAUGAGCCGGAAUUGAUAGGCCGGAGACGGUUCAACGAGAGAGUUCAACGGAAGUGGGCACCUGCCGGCUGAUUGUGUGGUUUGGCGCGAGACUCACCUUAGAAAUCCGGUCCCAGGCGAGUUAUUUGGGCCGGGUGUGUGUUUGUGUUUGGUCGAGUGAAAACAACGGAACGUGUCUCGGUUAGAUAAAAUUUGUAUCUGAACUCAAGGAUCCAUUGGAUUAACAAGCGAUCAAGCUGGAUUACGACCAAAGUCAAAAUGACCAGCAACAGACAACAGAAAUUUCCGAGUGGGACACCGGCUGGCAGCACGGACCGGAAAAGGUGAUCGUAGAAGUACGAGAGACAGCGACUGAGUCUAUAACUUUUCUAGAGACAAGCACUGUAAAUAAUUCCACUGAAACACUAGAGGGAUCCGGACCAAAUAUAGUUGUAAGGCCUGAAGAGGCACUCAUUGUUAUUUUUGUACUUAUACUAUGGAUAGGCGCUAUCGGGCUUUUCUUCCACCGGUGGGGAAAAAUCCGAAUGCUGGAGCCUUAUCAGCCAAAGUUUAUUCAACAACAUCGAGGUUCCUGUCCGUUGGUGGAACUGGACUUGGAUUUACCACCGGUUCCGCAGAGAUCAUCACUGUCGAAGAUGUCGUUGGGUCUCCAGUCGACGAUGACAUCUGUCUGCUCGGGAGGAUAUCCCGGCUAUACCCGUCCCCGGCAGAAUUCCGUUUUUGUGGGGCCGCACGUGUUUUCGCCACCGCAACCGCCCAGAAAAACACGCUCAGCUGUCGACAUCCACUCGAUGAUACUCAGCGAAGGCGAGUCGGAAGCGGUCUAGUUCCACCCGAACGCCUUCCAUUCCCAUCCCCCUGGAACUAAAAACAAAAAUAUAACAGAUGAGCACGUAAAGAUGCAUCCUACAAAACAUUUCAAUAUUUUUGUAUCAUGACAUACCGAUGAUAUAUUUAUAUUUGAAUUUCCUUUUUAUACACACAACAUGUUGACAGCCGCUAGCCAGAGUGGAAGCUGAAAUUACUGACAGAAUUUACCCUCGUUGAAUAUGAAGUAGAAAGUAGAUCAUUUUCUCUCAUAUUGAAAGUGUUGUUUAUACUCAUACCGUUUUACGACCAAACUAGACGUUAUUUCUAGAAACUUGAAAAGGCUAGAGCAUGCAUUCUUUGGUAGAAGACUAAACGGGUUUACGUGUGUGUGUAAGAAACUUUCAGAUGAAACACAAUUUAUGAUAUACCGAGAAGAGUAAAUUCUAAAAAUAGCUUAUUAUUGAUGAUAGGGAAACAGUACUAAGAAUAAUGCAGAGUAGUAUACACAUCUACGGUUUUAUAUUAUACAUUUUCAUAAGAUGCAUUUAUCUCAAGCUGUUUGGGGUUGCGUUUAAAGAUAUAGUAGCCAGUACAAACCCGAAGCUUCAUUUGUCUGAGAGAAAGUUAAUUGAGCGAACCAAUGCGCCACAAUUUCCGUCAAUUUUUCCCAUCCUAAAGGUAGACCUGACCUAAUACUCAAACCAUGUUAUAAACCUUUCCAAAGUUUUAAUGAUAUUCAUUAGAUACUUAAGACAUAAACAUCCCAUGUAAGAUAAAUUCGUUAAGCAAGCUAAAUAAGAGAUAUAUGAUUGAAACCUAAAUGCCCAUUAAAUACCAAAAUAAAUAUUUGUUUGGAACAUCAUAUUGAUAGGUGUCUAAAUAAAAUCCAAGGAUCUUAUAUUAACCUCAGUCCCUUCGUCGAAUAUGUAGCAACAUGAUAGCGUUGUCUAACUAGUGAGUGAUUGUUGACAAAGACUAGACCAAAGAAAAUAAAUGAAAAUCUUUUAAAUAAAGUUGUUCACAA